AGAAACCGGAAGUAAGCUAUGCAAAUCAACCAUAUCGACUGUCUGUUGUCUUCUUCUUGGUACAAGUGUUUACAACAUCAAAACUAGUAAAGAUAUCGAGUUGAAAAGUACAAGAUGGGCACGACGGCGAGUCAGCUCGGGAAGGAUUUGUUGUCAGAAUACCAAGAGCUGACAUUCUUGACAAAACAAGAAAUCCUUCUGGCUCACAAGAGAUUCACCGAACUGCUUACUAAAGAUGAGAGAGACGGAGCAAAUUCCAGACUACCAAUGGACAGGAUUCUUACUCUGCCAGAGCUUAAGUCCAACCCUUUCAGAGAAAGAAUAUGUCACGUCUUUUCAACAUCUCCACAAAAAGAUGGAAGCCUUACAUUUGAAGACUUUCUGGACCUCUUGAGUGCCUUCAGCGACUCUGCUACCCUGGAAAUCAAAUCCCACUAUGCCUUCCGCAUAUUUGACUUCGAUGACGAUGGAACCCUAGAUGGCAGUGACUUGGAGAAGCUGGUAAACUGUCUGACUGGAGAAACGGAUGAAACAAGACUAAGCCCGGAAGAAAUGAGACAGCUUAUCAGCAAUAUUCUUGAAGAGUCCGACAUUGACAAAGAUGGCACAGUGAACCUCUCAGAGUUUCAACAUGUCAUUUCAAGAUCACCAGAUUUUGUCAGUUCUUUCAAGAUUGUGCUGUGAAGACUUCUACUGGCCUCUGGAAAUGCAUCUCAGUUUAAUCUCUAACCACUGUAAUGUUUAAUUUUCAUUUAGAUGUUUUAAAUACUUGCCUUAAAUUAUAUCUACCUGUGGAUUUUACAACUUUAACACUUUUAUUUAGCCUUUGUGAAGUAUAAAAUAUCUGACUUUUUAAAAAUUUGUAUAAGGAAAAUAAAAAAAAGUUUCCAA